CUCUCGACCAUUGCAGACAGCAUCGAUCACGUCUUCCCCGUCACGGGAGGUUUUUAUGCCCUCAGGGGAACCAUUGAUUCUAAUUUCUUGUUAUUUGCAGAAUCCUACCAAGUGGUGGUGAAAGGCAAUGGCUUUUAUCACGCAAGGAAUCCCGAACAGGUCCUCUGCAGCUUCAAGAUCAACAGCACAGUGACACUCAAUGAAAAGCCAACCGUUGUUCAAGACACAUACUUGCUGUGCCCUGCUCCUGUACUGGAAGAUGUCGGGCAGGUGGUUUACCUGCAAGUCAGCAUGAACAGCGGCCUGACGUUUGUCAGCAGCUCUGUCAGCAUCACCAGCACACGCUGCUUCAGCGGGACGAUCCUCUUCAUCGUGCUUUUAAUUCUCUUCCUGCUCGUGGCCUUUGCUCUUCUCUGGUGGUUCUGGCCUCUCUGCUGUACCUUGGUCAUCAAGGAGCCCCCGCCUCCCCCACCCCCGGAGCCGGAGUCAGAUGACGAAGACGGGUUUCCAAAGAAGAAAUGGCCAACGGUGGAUGCGUCGUACUAUGGCGGGAGAGGCGUCGGGGGCAUCAAGAGAAUGGAGGUGAGAUGGGGGGACAGAGGGUCAACAGAGGAAGGGGCAAAGCUGGAGAAGCCCAAGAAUGCCGUCAUCAAGUUGCCGGAAGAAGAAUUUGAGCCGUGGGAGCCCAAGCCAAAGAGACCUCAUGCGCGGAAGUUGCCUUCCCAGAGGAGAUGGUACACCCCCAUUAAGGGCAAGCUGGACGCCUUGUGGGCUCUGGUUCAGCAAGGCUACGAUCAAGUCUCUCUCAUGAGACCUCAACCUGGGGAUCAGGGCCGCUGCAUGAAUUUCACUCGGGUGAAAUCAGACGGGACCGCUGUUUCAUACCGUCCUCCCCAGAAGCCGCCAGAGCCCCGCCCCAUCUACAGAGCAGCCCCAAACUGCUCUCCAGGACCAGUGCAGCCUCCUCCCUGCAGGGAGCUCCCCCCAGGGCCUCCCCCUUCAAGACAGCCCCCUGGGCCUCCUCCAUCCCGCCCUCCGCCCCAGCUUCAGGCCCCGAGCAUGUGAAGCCCAGGGCUUUGCAGAUGGGAGCCUAUUUAUUUCCGCCUUGAUGUACCGUCAGGAUUUGUUGCUGGUCAGCAAAACGAAAACACACAACGGAUUGCUGGGUGUCAAUUUGUACGACUAUAUAUAUUUAUGCGGCUGAAAAA